AUGCCUGCAGCAGACUUCAGUGGGAAAUGGAUCCUGGAAAGCGGUGACAGAUUUGAGGAUUACCUGAAAGCACUGAAUAUUGACUUCGCUACAAGGAAAAUUGCCAUCUCCCUGUCCCAGACCAAGGUGGUUGCUCAAGACGGAGACCAGUUUGUCUUCAAAACGCUCAGCACUUUCAGGAAUUACGAGCUGGCCUUCACCGUUGGAGUGGAGUUUGACGAGCACACGAAGGGACUGGACAACAGACGUGUCAAGAGUUUGGUCAGGUGGGAUGGCGACAAGCUGGUGUGCACCCAGCAAGGUGAAAAAUCAAACCGAGGCUGGAAACACUGGAUCGAAGGAGACAAACUCUACCUGGAGCUGACAUGUGAAGAUGUAGUUUGUCUCCAAGUGUUCAAGAGAAAAGAUUAA